UCCGUGCUGCUCCUCCUCCCAAGUCCCCCCACUCCACCUGCCGAGGCUCGCGACGCCUCUGCAACUGCUGCCGCAGCCCCACGCCCCAAACCCUAGCCACCCUCCACCGCCACCGCCAUGGCCAACCCAUCCGCUGCCGCCGUCACCGCCGUGGAGGUCGGGGCGCCCGAUUUGCUGCCCCCGCCGGCCGCAGAGGAGGCCGAUGCCGCGGCGGCGGAGGAGGCCGCGGCGGCCGCGAAGAGGUGGCCCGGUUGGCCCGGGGACAGCGUGUUCCGGCUCGUGGUUCCGGUGCUCAAGGUCGGGAGCAUCAUCGGGCGUAAGGGCGAGCUCAUCAAGCGCCUCGUCGAGGAGACUAAGGCUAGGGUCCGCAUCCUGGAGGGUCCCGUCGGAGCAACCGAGCGCAUUGUUUUGGUGUCUGGAAAAGAAGAUCCAAGCUUGGAGCUUCCGCCAGCUAUGGAUGCUCUAGUGAGAGUUUUUAAACGUGUCAUUGGAAUAGCAGAUGGAGCUGCUGAGGGCACUCAGGCAGCUGCUGCACCUGGUGUAUGUGCUGCCCGGCUGCUGGUUCCUGGAGCUCAAGCUAUUAACCUAAUUGGGAAGCAAGGUGCCACAAUCAAGUCAAUUCAGGAGAGCACUGGUGCUACAAUUCGGGUUAUAUCAGUAGAUGAACGAGAGCGACCAUUCUAUGUAACUGAUGAUGAAAGGAUAGUUGAGAUACAAGGUGAAACAGAGAAAGUUCUAAAAGCACUUCAAGCAGUUUCUAACCAUCUUCGGAAGUUUUUGGUUGACCAUAGUGUACUCCCAUUAUUUGAAAAGACUAAUACUGCAGUGAGCCAAGAUCGCAGCGGUGAUGGUUGGGGUGAUAUGUCACACCCUUCAAUUGGUUCUGCACAAGUAAAUCAACCACCUCUGGUAGUUGACGAAUAUAUUCUUCCGGUGAAGAGGGACACUUUGUAUCUUGAACGAGAACCUCUAGUAGAUCAUAGCAUUCAUCGCUCAGGAGUGUCACUUUAUGGGCGUGAUCCUGCCUUGUCAACAUUACGACCCUCUGGGAUGCAUGGUGCUGGGCCUCUACUUACACAGAUAACUCAAACCAUGCAAAUCCCACUUACCUACGCAGAGGACAUUAUAGGAGUCAAAGGAGCAAAUAUUGCGUACAUACGAGCUAAUAGUGGGGCUGUUGUGACAAUUCAGGAGAGUUUGGGCAGCCCUGAUGAUAUUACUGUUGAAAUAAAGGGGACGUCUUCACAAGUACAAGCUGCCCAACAGCUCAUCCAGGACUCCUUAGCUGCACACCGAGAACCUGUCAGAAGCAGCUAUGUGGGAGCAGGAUUAGAUCCAGUGUACAGGCCCAGCUACUCACAAUAUGGCAGCUCCACCUAUUCGUCGUCAUCACUCCCAUCUUAUUCUAGCAUCGAUGAUGGUAGAUAUCCAUCUUCAGGCCUGGGCGGCUAUGGGUCAAGUUACCGGUACUAGUAGCAGUUCAUCGUUAGGAAUGCUUGGUGCAUCCUGUAUUUGUUCCUGAAUGAGCAAUACAAAUCAGGCAAGUUUCCUGCUGACUGUGUGCUGCUGACUGUGUGCUUUCCCGGUGGGAAUUCGGUAGAUCGUAUUGUAUCUCUGUACGCAUUUCAGGGUAUGCUGUACUCUGUUAGAGUGACAAACAGACAGUUUAUAGGGUUCCUGUUCGAUGGAAUUGAAAUCUGUAACGGCUUCCUGUGGUUUAACGGUGAUUUUUGGUGAUUACUGCAAUUCGAUGACCGCAUUUUGUGUAA